AUGGAGUUCACCUCUUUUUCAUGGGAAAUCAAUUCUAAAGAAGAUCCAAGCAUACCACAAGACUCCUAUUUCGAUGAUUGUUUUUCCAUCAUCUUCAGAUUCACCAAAGAAUUGAUCCAAAUUACUCAAAGCACAAAUUUUCCUUCUACUACAAGUACGGCCAAUGAAUCGUUCUUGGUUCCUUCUGAUAUCCUAUGUAACUUCAGAGAAAACACUGCAUUCUUACAUGAAACCUUCUCUUCAGUGCCUAUAUCCCCGGAGAUAUUGGAUCAAAUUUUACCUGUCAUGGGCGAAACCGCAAGAACGAUUCUAAGCCAUGAAGGGUGUGACUCCAAUAUGCGGAGCAUUUUUGUGAACCUUUAUGUUACCACGCGCAUUGUUAUUGAAGAUUCUGAUUUCUAUAAUGAUGAUAUCGGUCAAAAUAUUCCUGAACCAGCUCAAUUCGUGAAUCUGUUGGAGAGAUCAAAAAUUGAUGAGCAAGAUGAUGAUGUUGAAGAACAAUGUGCUAUUUGUUUGGAAGAGUUUGAACAUGGUAUUGAAGAUUCACGUGUAGCGAUUGUUCGCACAAAUUGCUCGCAUGUGUUCCAUGAAUGUUGUAUAUUCCGAUGGUUUCGGCGUUGUGCCGACCGUCAAUCGCCUUAUUCUUGCCCAUUGUGCCGCUGCAACAUAUUUCCAACCUCACAGAGAGAUGAAUAG